GAGGGAAACGGAGGCGCCAUAGCCACGGUAGUCGUGGCGACCAAGCAACCCGGCAACGCGAGUCAACAACAACAACCGCCCGGCCGACCCCCACCCCCACCCCCCCCGCCUGGCCCGGGGACCCCGGCACGUUCCGUCCCCCUCCCAACAUCGCCUCCGAGACCUCUGGAAAGCCCUUCUGCGGACACAAGUAGGAAGAAGCCGAGAAAGAAAAAAAAAAAGCCUUAUUUAUUAUCAUUUUCCCCACUGUUGGCAUGGCAACACCAGCGUACGUUACUGAGCUACAGGCAGCCCCGCAACCAUCCCAGCCACCACAGGCCCAGCCCCAGCCACCGCCGCCGCCACCAGCGGCGCCCCAGCCCCCCCAGCCGCCUGCCACCGCUGCUACCCCCCAACCCCAAUAUGUCACUGAGUUGCAGAGCCCCCAGCCCCAGGCACAGCCACCAGGCAGCCAGAAACAAUAUGUGACGGAGCUUCCGGCCACCCCCACGCCCUCACAGCCGGCCGGCGCACCCACCCCGUCCCCGGCGUCCCAGCAGUACAUCGUGGUCACCGUGUCUGAAGGCGCUAUGCGGGCCAGUGAGACUGUAUCGGAGGCCAGCCCAGGCUCCACAGCCAGCCAGACCGGAGUGCCCACUCAGGUGGUCCAGCAGGUGCAGGGCACCCAGCAGCGUCUGCUGGUCCAGACAAGUGUGCAGGCCAAGCCGGGCCAUGUGUCACCCCUCCAGCUCACCAACAUCCCAGUACCCCAGCAGGCUCUCCCCACACAGCGUCUGGUGGUGCAGAGCACAGCCCCAGGCAGCAAGGGUGGCCAGGUUUCCCUGACAGUGCAUGGCACCCAGCAGGUGCACUCGCCCCCUGAGCGGUCACCGGUGCAAGCCAACAGCUCCUCCAGCAAGACAGCUGGGGCCCCCACGGGCACAGUGCCGCAGCAGCUGCAGGUCCAUGGUGUUCAGCAGAGUGUCCCCGUCACCCAAGAGAGGUCGGUGGUCCAAGCCACUCCGCAGGCCCCCAAAGCCGGCCCUGUGCAGCAGCUCACAGUGCAGGGGCUCCAGCCGGUUCACGUGGCUCAAGAGGUGCAGCAGCUGCAGCAGGUGCCUGUCCCACACGUGUACUCCAGCCAAGUGCAGUAUGUGGAGGGCGGUGACGCCAGCUACACGGCCAGUGCCAUCCGCUCCAGUACCUACCCCUACCCGGAGACGCCGCUGUACACCCAGACAGCGGGCACCAGCUACUACGAAGCUGCGGGCACAGCCGCCCAGGUCAGCACACCCGCCACCUCUCAGGCGGUGGCCAGCAGCGGCUCUGUGCCCAUGUAUGUGUCCGGCAGCCAGGUCGUCACCAGCUCCACCAGCAGUGGAGGUGGGGCCAACAACAGCAGCAGUGGCGGCAGUGGCGGCGGUGGGGGAGGCGGCGGCGGGGGUGGUGGCAGUGGUGGCGGCAGCGGAGGCGGCAGCAGUGGAGCAGGCACCUAUGUGAUCCAAGGCGGCUACAUGCUGGGCAGUGCCAGCCAGUCCUAUUCCCACACCACCCGUGCCUCGCCAGCCACCGUUCAGUGGCUCCUAGACAACUAUGAGACAGCGGAGGGUGUGAGCCUGCCGCGGAGCACCCUCUACUGCCACUACCUGCUGCACUGCCAGGAGCAGAAGCUGGAGCCCGUCAACGCCGCUUCCUUUGGCAAGCUCAUCCGCUCUGUCUUCAUGGGCCUGCGUACCCGACGUCUUGGCACCAGGGGCAACUCCAAGUACCACUACUAUGGCCUGCGCAUCAAGGCCAGCUCACCCCUGCUGCGACUGAUGGAGGACCAGCAGCACAUGGCUAUGCGGGGCCAGCCCUUCUCGCAGAAGCAGAGACUCAAGCCUAUCCAGAAGAUGGAGGGCAUGACCAACGGUGUGGCCGUGGGGCCACAGCAGGCCACCGGGCUGUCCGACAUCAGCGCCCAGGUCCAGCAGUACCAGCAGUUCCUGGAUGCCUCGCGGAGUCUCCCUGACUUUUCAGAGCUUGACCUCCAGGGCAAAGUGCUCCCCGAGGGCGUCGGGCCUGGGGACAUCAAGGCCUUCCAGGUCCUGUACCGGGAACACUGUGAGGCCAUUGUCGAUGUCAUGGUGAACCUGCAGUUCACACUGGUGGAGACGCUGUGGAAAACCUUCUGGAGGUACAACCUCAGCCAGCCCAACGAGGCGCCUCCGCUGGCCGUGCAUGAUGAGGCUGAGAAGCGGCUGCCCAAGGCCAGCCUGGUGCUCCUCUCCAAGUUUGAGCCAGUGCUGCAGUGGACCAAGCACUGUGACAACGUGCUGUACCAGGGCCUGGUGGAGAUCCUCAUCCCUGACGUACUGCGGCCCAUCCCCAGUGCCUUGACCCAAGCGAUCCGGAACUUUGCCAAGAGCCUGGAGAGCUGGCUCACCCAUGCCAUGGUGAACAUCCCUGAGGAGAUGCUGCGUGUGAAGGUGGCAGCGGCCGGCGCCUUCGCGCAGACGCUGCGACGCUACACGUCGCUCAACCACUUGGCGCAGGCGGCUCGGGCCGUGCUGCAGAACACCGCGCAGAUCAACCAGAUGCUGAGCGACCUCAACCGCGUGGACUUCGCCAACGUGCAGGAGCAGGCCUCAUGGGUGUGCCGCUGCGAGGACCGCGUGGUGCAGCGGCUGGAGCAGGACUUCAAGGUGACCCUGCAGCAGCAGAACUCGCUGGAGCAGUGGGCGGCCUGGCUGGACGGCGUCGUGAGCCAGGUGCUGAAGCCCUACCAGGGCAGCGCCGGCUUCCCCAAGGCCGCCAAGCUCUUCCUCCUCAAGUGGUCCUUCUACAGCUCCAUGGUGAUCCGGGACCUGACCCUGCGCAGCGCUGCCAGCUUUGGUUCUUUCCACCUCAUCCGGCUGCUCUACGACGAGUACAUGUACUACCUGAUCGAGCACCGCGUGGCCCAGGCCAAGGGCGAGACCCCCAUCGCGGUCAUGGGCGAGUUCGCCAACCUGACCACCUCGCUGAACCCCCUAGACCCGGACAAAGACGAGGAGGAGGAAGAGGAGGAGGAGAGCGAGGAUGAGCUGCCGCAGGACAUCUCGCUGGCGGCCGGCGGCGAGUCGCCCGCGCUGGGCCCUGACGCCCUGGAGCCGCCCGCCAAGUUGGCACGGACAGACGCGCGUGGCCUCUUCGUGCAAGCGCUGCCCUCCAGCUAAGCCCCGCGGCCUCCCCCGCCCCGCCCGCCCCACCCCCGCCGCCCGUCCACUCCAGGGUCCCUCACAGCUUCUGUGGCUUCGCCGUCACCUUUCCAGCCUCGGCCAGGGCCGGGAGGGGGCCUCCAAGACAGGGAAGGCUAGGGGGUCCCCGCCCCCAGUGGGGCCGGCACAAUCACAGGGCCGGGCGGAGCCGCAGCUGCAAACUGACACAAAGACGUGCCUUAAGGAACCCGCCGCCGUGCCCAGGUGCCCCGUGGGACAGCCAGCUAGGCUCCUUGGCCCCCCCGAAGGCCUCAGCAUCUCCCUCCCCCAGCCCCACCCUCCCUCCCGCCAUCCCGGGGGGCAGGCAGGCAGGCCCCCCUCCCCUGUGGAACCGUUAACUUAUUCAGCUCGCUGGCUUUGCACAGUCUGUCCCGGGCCCAACCCUGAGCCCCAGGUGGGCACAGGUGGGCGUCACCUGGGGACCCCCACUGUCAGCAGCAGCCCCGGGACCCCUCCCCCAGCAACCCCACCGCUCCCCACUCCUUGGUAUAAGUGCAAUUAAAGCCGUGGGUGUCGCAUCUUCUCCAGAGCUGGGCCCUCCCUUGCUCCGCAGCCCUCGAGGGGGGCA